UUGAGACUCUAUAUAUAGACACAACAAUCACCUUGAUCAUCACACUUGGAGAGAAAAUCCCAAACACAGACAAAACCAGCCAUGUUGUCUUCUUCAUACUCAUCACGCUUCUCUGUUCUCCUUCUCCUUCUCCUUCUCCUUCUCUCAUCACUUUCUCGCUCAACAUCUUCAUCUUCUUCGGAGCCCACCCUGCAACAAAGCUUCGCCCAGUGUCUCUCUCUCAACUCAGACAAAUCCUUCCCUUUCUUCGCCUCCAUCUACGGCCAAUACAACUCUUCCUUCACCACCGUCCUCAAUUCCUCUGCUCAAAACCUCCGAUACUUACUCCCUUCUGCUCCGAAACCCGAAUUCAUCUUCACGCCGACGUCGGAAUCCCACGUCCAAGCCGCCGUAAUCUGCUCCAAGAAGCUCAACAUUCAUAUCAGAGUCCGGAGUGGAGGCCAUGACUAUGAAGGCAUGUCUUACGUUUCAGAGAUCGAGACGCCUUUCGUAGUGAUUGAUCUGGGCAAGCUUCGUGGGAUCAACGUCGAUAUCGAAGACAACACUGCGUGGAUUCAGGCCGGCGCCACGAUCGGCGAGGUGUAUUACCGGAUAUCAGAGAAGAGCUCGGUCCAUGGCUUCCCCGCGGGGCUGUGCUCGAGCUUGGGUGUUGGUGGGCAUAUUACGGGAGGAGCUUAUGGUUCGAUGAUGAGGAAGUAUGGUUUGGGAGCAGAUAAUGUUGUUGAUGCGAAGCUUGUGGAUGCCAGUGGAAGGAUUGUGGACAGGGAAGCCAUGGGAGAGGACAUGUUUUGGGCCAUACGAGGAGGAGGAGGAGGAAGCUUCGGGAUACUUCUAUGGUGGAAGAUCAAGCUUGUUCCUGUUCCUCAAACAGUGACGGUUUUUACUGUUACCAAAACUUUGGAACAAGGAGCUACUUCCGUUCUUCAUAGAUGGCAACAGGUGGCACCGUCGAUUGAUGAGGGUUUGUUCAUAAGGGUACUGAUUCAACCAAGUGGGAACAAAACUACAGGUAGAACGAUUUCAACUUCCUACAACGCACUUUUCCUUGGCGAUUCCAAAACACUCCUUCAAGUGAUGAACCAAAGCUUCCCAGAACUUGGCUUGACAAUCAAAGACUGCCUAGAAACAAGCUGGAUCAAAUCUGUGCUUUACAUCGCAGGCUAUCCAAACGACACUCCCCCAGAAGUUCUGCUUCAGGGAAAAUCGUCGUUUAAGAACUUCUUCAAAGCCAAGUCUGAUUUUGUCCGAGACCCUAUUCCAGAAUCUGGGCUUGAAGGCUUGUGGAAGAAGUUUCUAGAAGAAGAAAGCCCCUUGAUGAUCUGGAACCCCUACGGAGGAAUGAUGAGCAAGUUUGCAGAGUCUGAUAGCCCUUUCCCUCACAGAAACGGGACACUGUAUAAAAUCCAGUACGUUACUUCGUGGGAAAACAAAGACGAAGAUGCCACGAAACACAUGGAUUGGAUGAGAGGGCUCUACGAUUAUAUGGCCGCUUAUGCGUCGAAAUCUCCCAGAGAAGCAUAUGUGAAUUACAGAGAUCUCGAUCUGGGGAUGAACAAGAAGAACGGGACGAGCUAUGAAGAAGCGAGUGCAUGGGGAAAGAUGUACUUCAAGGGUAAUUUUGACAGAUUGGUGAAGAUAAAGAGUCAGGUUGAUCCAGAAAAUGUGUUCCGGCAUGAACAGAGUAUUCCGCCUCUUGCAGUUCCUUCAUAAACUAAUCAAUAAUAAGAAGCUAAGUCAAGAAAUGCAAGAAGUUGGGAUUAGAGAUAUAUAUAGGUGUUUAAGUUAUAUAUAGAGGUGUAUGAUUUGAUUUGGAUAGGGAUAUGGUAAAGAGGAGUUUCCAUGUUUUGUUUUUCUAAACGUAAUAAUAAUGACAAUGACAAUGAUAAUGAUAAUUUUAUUUUCA